CAAACGGACUUGAAGUAGGACGCGUUUUUUGAAUCGUACGUCGUACGUAUAUGUAUGUAGAAUUAUUUACGUAAUAUUAAUAGUAAAUAGUAAAUAGUAAUUAUGUCAGAUCAUAAUAAAGACGUUGUUCUUAAAAUAAACAAAAUCAACUUAGAAUUGAGAAAAAAAUUGGAAAUGGUUUCCAAAUGGAGAGUUGAAUGCGCUCAGUUGCAAUUAGAAUUCUUAAAGUUAUACACUCCAGAAUGCCUGGAAAUUUUAGAGUCAUUUAAACAAACUAUGGAUACUACCGAUAAUAUUGACUCAACCAACAACAAAUCAUCGAUCUAACAGUAUAUAUACUUAUUUAAUAUAUCGUUAAUAAGAUAAAAAAUGAAGGAAUUAAAAUGCAAUUAUAUGUUGAAACAUAUUUAUUAUAUUUGAAUAUAGGAGUGACACAUAGAAUGUAGCGAGUGUUUCGAUAACAUAAAGAUAUAGACGAUAGGUAGAUUUUUCUAUUAUCCAAUCGCAUAGAAAUUUAUACUGUAAUAGAAUAAAUUGUCCCUUUUAUAAAUUUCAUGAAAUAUCCUUCGAUGCUGACAAACUUGGACAAGAUGGAAGUAAAUUCUUAAUUUAUUAUUAAAUAGUAGCACCAGAAAGUAAUGGAAGCUGUCGAAUAGAUCUAAACGGAGGUAUGACGAAAAUUUAAAUCUUUCUCAAUUCGGUGUUUAACAUCUCUUUUUAUAAUGUAUUUUAUUAUACAAUUGAUUUUGUUUGCGAGGUAUCUAGCCGAGUUUCAUAAGUGAUUUGUUUUAUCGACAAUGAUCUUUAUUCGACUGUAUAUUCUUUAAGAAAAGAAAUUCAAUACUCGUUCCUUCUUAAAAAUGAAUAACAAAAGUUUAGUCAGUAAUUAUUGUCUUUCAUCUUUCAUCGUCGUAUUUAUUUCGAGUCGACUAAAGAAAAUAAAGAAGAAAAAGAAAACACCUCGCAAAUAGAAGAAUCCAUUUGGUAUUUUUCUUAAAAUUCUAUUAUACUGUAUAUCUCUAUUACACGAAGAAAAUUUCAAUUUCAACUAGUUUUCUCAAUAUUUGUCUCGAAUCGACUUUCAAUGUUCGUUCAAUCUCUUCUGACAUUCUAUAAUUUUUCUAUCUUAAAGAAAAUGAGGGUCAAGUUAAUUUAAUUGAAAAGCCGAAAGCAUUUAGACCGAUCCAUGUAUACGUAUGUAUGUAUGUAUGUAUGUAAACUGUUGUUUGAUUGCACACAAACUAUACAUAUAUUGUUAUAAGGAGAAUACUAAAAGUUAUGGAAAAUAAAGCUCGAUUCGAGGUCA